CACCGAACACGAACCUCCCGCUGCUGCAUGGCUGCGCGACUGGCUCCAACUUUUCAGGCGUGACACUUCAUGACCUCGUAAAAGAGACGACCAUAAGCUGAUGGCCUUGCCGGUGUCAGACCCCGAAGAGCUGGUGAGUCAUGCAGGCACCACACCUCACGACCUUGCAAAGGACGGCGAUGACAAGAAGGUUUUCGUGGCUCUGCUGAGCGGCAAAGACUGUGAGUGCCUGUGGUUGCAAGACCGGACUAUCCGACAGCUGAAAGAAGAAGCUCAGCAAAAGCUGGAUAUUGCCAUCAAGCACUUGAUUGGUCCCGACAUGGAGCCGUUGGAUGAAGAGAAGAUGCUGGCAGAAGAAAACGUCAUGCCUGGCACAACGCUGACGGUCGUUGCAGCGGCCUGGCAUGUGACAGGACCAUUUGUGCCUAUGUCUAUGUCUGUCACAUUGCACGUGGAUAAUGAAGGCAAACAUGCUUCAUGAAGUGGUGGUAAACCAGGCAGCAGAGGAUGAGAAAGAAGCGGCAGAAUGUCGACGCCAGGAACGACGACGGUGAAACCCCGUUGCACUGGGCGGCGCGCAACGGCCAAGUGGAGACGGUGAAGCUGCUCCUCGAGGCAAAGGCCUCGGUGACUGUGAAAGACAACAGAGGCAACACUCCGUUGGACGAUGCAAGAAGCCGGGGCCACGACGAGAUUGUAACACUGUUGGAGCGCGCAGCCUGGCGCAAUGAAAAUUGCUACUGAACGGCUCCGCAACUGUGUGAUCUUCUGGAUUGAUUGUUAUAUUAUGAUGUUGAUGUUGGGCCUGUUGGGCCUUCCAUGUUUCACACUCGCAGAAGCGCUACGAAAAGCAACAAA